AUGGUCAAGGCCGGCGACCUCGCCUUCCUCCAGUACACGUCCGGGUCCACGAGCGAGCCCAAGGGCGUCAUGAUCGCGCGGGCGAACCUCGCGCACAACCUGCGCGGCAUCACCGACGCGCUGCGAUCCGACGAGACGACGGUCUGCGUCUCGUGGCUGCCCCAGUACCACGACAUGGGCCUCAUCGGCUCCUACCUCGGCACGCUCUACUGCGGCGGCAAGGGCUACCACUCGUCGCCGUUGGACUUUGUGCGCGACCCGACGCGCUGGGUCCGGGACAUGACCAAAUACGGCGCGACGCACGUCCAAGCGCCGUCGUUCGCCUACGGCCUCGUCGCGCGCAAGUUCCUCGAGAGCGACAAGAAGCCGAAGGUGGACCUGAGCGCCCUCGUCCACGCCAUCAACGCCGCGGAGCCCGUGCGAGCCUGCGACGUGGACGCGUUCAGAGCGGCCUUCGCGGACCACGGUUUAAAGCCCGGAGUCAUCUUCCCGACGUACGGCCUCGCGGAGCACACGGUCUUCGUCUGCACGAACGGCACGCAGCGCGUCGACUUUGACGCCGACGCUCUCGAGCACGGCCGGGCGGCCGUCGGCGGCGCGCGGACGACGACGCUCUUCGGCUGCGGCGCGCCGCCGGGCGAGGUCGCGAUCGUCGAGGACGGCGGCGCGGCCGCGGCCGACGGCGCCGUCGGCGAGAUCUGGCUCCGGAGCCCGUCGCGGGCGCGGGGCUACUGGAAGUGCCCGGAGAAGUCGGCCGCGGAUUUCGGCGCGUCGCGGCCGGGCGACGCCGCGGCGACGUUCGUGCCCGGGCGCGCGCGCUUCGGCGACGUCGAACCCGCGGGCUGGCUGCGCACGGGCGACCUCGGCUUCUUCCACGAGGGGGAGCUCUUCGUGUGCGGGCGCCUGAAGGACCUGCUCAUCGUGCGCGGCAAGAACCACUACCCGCAGGACCUGGAAAAGACGUGGGAGGACGCGGCGCGCGGCGCGUUCCGCCCGGGCUGCAGCGCGGCCGUGGCCUGCGCCGGCGACGACGGCGCCGAGGGCAUCCAAUUCUUGUGCGAGACGUCCGGCCGGGGCGACGCCGCCGCGGCGGCGGCGGACGCCGCGCGCGCGGUCGCGGACCGCCACGGCGUCGAGGUGACCCGCGCGACGGUCGUCGCCGCGCGGACCGCGCCGAAGACGACGUCGGGCAAGAUCGCGCGCAAGUGGUGCGCCAAGGCCCUCGCCGGCGGCGACCUGGACGUCGUGUACGUCUUCAACGGCGGCGGAAAGGCGCCGCUGCCAAAGCGGAAAGGCGACGCGAAGGCGACGGACUGCAUCAAGACGAUGAGCCCGGAGGUCCGCGCGGAGAAGCUCGCGGCGUUGGCGGCCAUGGCCGACGGCGAUUUGCUGAACUCCGUCGUCGCGCUGGCCGCGGGCGUCAUGAAGGUCCAGCCGGGCGACCUCGACGUCGACGGGCCCGUCGCGGCGCUCGGGCUCGGGUCCAUGGAGGGCCUCCACCUCCUGACGGUCAUCGAGGAGGCCCACGGCUGCGCGCCGGACGCGGAGCUGCUCGCGGACGUCGACAUGACGCUGCGGACCCUGUGCAGCGUGCUGAAGCGCGGGGGCAAGGCGGGGCCGCGCGCGAAGAUCGUCGACGGCGCGAAGCUGGCCAAGGAGCUGGAGGAGGCGGACCUCGCCUUCGCCGGCGCGGCGAAGCGCAUCGCGUCGAAGCGCAAGGACCGGGACCGGCGCUGCACGCUCGCCCGGGCCCACCUCGCGACGGGGGCGUUGGCGUGCAAGCCCGCGGCGCCGGGCGGGCGCCUCGCCGCGUUGGUCGACAAGGGCCCCGCGGCCGUCCUCGUCGCCUUCGCGGCGUCCGUCGUCCUUGUGCUCGCGUUCCUGGCUUGUUGCGCCGUCGGCCCCGCGGCGACGAUGGGCAUUUUGCUGGCGACGCCGGUCUGGCUCACGACGCGCGGCGCCAAAAUCGCCGGCGCGUCGCCGAACAUCGACAAGAAGCGGCGGGCCUUCAAGCACCGCUUCCUCGCGUCCAUCCACGCGAAGCGGCGCACGCGUGUGUACGUCGCGGACCCCGAGGCGCUGCUCAAGGCGACGACCGCGCUCGUCGUCGUCCGGGCCCACGCGGAGCCGUCGCGGCUCGACCAGCGCGCGUUCCACCUCGCGACGGCGGCGCUGCUGCCGGACGUGCUCGGCGCGCCCGUCGCCGCCCUCGCGGACCGGGACUACCUCGGCGCCGCGGCGCUCCACUUCCUCUUCGACGCCGCGCGCGCGCCCGCGCAGCCCGACGCCGCCGCGCAGCUCCUCUUCGCGAAGAAGCACGCGGCCAUCGUCCUCGACGACGCGCGCGCGCCGCUCAAGGACCUGUGCACGCUCGCGGCGACGGCGGGGGCGGCGCUCGUGCCCGCGGCGUCGGCGCUGUCGGCGACGGGCGGCGCGGCCGUCGCGCUGGGGGCGCCCCUCGCCGGCGACCGGGACGCGAUCCUCGCCGGCGCGACGGCGGCCCUCGGCGAGCUCGGCGAGACCGCCGCCGGGAUGCUCUAA